AUGGCGAGCAUUUGGGUCUCUCAACCGGGAACCAUCUGCAGCUCCAAGACUUUGCUCUUGGUGUUUUCCAUCCUGCUGCUCCAGGGGCCUCUCCGUGGACAGAGCAGCCCGAUCUCCAACACCCAUCAGAGGCAUCGCUCUGCUCCGGGGCUGGGAGAUGGUCAUGGAGGCGUGGUGGAUCCGUCACUGCUGGAGCAGGGCAACAACAUGAACAUGCAGAGCCUGCUGGAGAGUCUGAAGGAACAGUUUCUGCGGACUUUCAACCUGUCUGGCAUGAGUCCUCCUCCCCUGCCUCCUGGAAGCAUGCGAGAAGAGCCCCCUGAGUACAUGAUGGAGCUCUAUAACCGUUUCGCUAAUGACCGCACUGCCAUGCCCACCGCCAGCAUCAUCCGCAGCUUCAAAAAUGAAGAUUCAUCUCCCAGUGUUGUGGGAGUUGGAGGAGUGAGGCGUCACCCACUCCUCUUCAAUAUGUCUGUCCCCCAUCAUGAACGCAUCACAGCAGCUGAGCUUCGCCUUUACACCCUUGUCCAGACUGACCGCCACCUGUAUGCUGGUGUUGACCGCAAGGUUGCUAUCUAUGAACUGGAAUCGCAUGACGGAGAUGACAACGUGACAGAUGAAAACACUGUGAGAGGCGACAAAUUCAGAGGGGGAGGAGAGCAGAUAGAGCUGGUGGAAUUGGCUUCACGUCAGGUCUAUGGCACUGAUAACGGCUGGCAGGCCUUUGACCUCACUGCUGCUGUUCAACGCUGGCGUAAAUCUGACCGUGGAAGCACGCACCGGCUGGAGGUGCACAUUUCUAGCAUGGCUAAUGAAGAGGAUGUUCAAGGGAUGACAGGGGACAACAAAGACAGGAAUCCACCUGAAGGGGACAUGAAGAUUGACACCAGCCCUGAGGAAAAACACAAACCUCUGCUGAUUGUUUUCUCUGAUGACCAAAGUAGUGAUCACCGUGAUGACAAGCGUGAGCUGAACGAGAUGAUUGACCACGAAACCUCUAACAUGGUUCUCCAGAAUGACUUGGGGACUGGCCUGAAUGGGCUGUGGGGGCAGCAGGGGAGGGACAGGGAUGAGGGUGUUGAAGAAGCUGAGCCAGAUGAAGAGGACCUCAUCCAAAUGCGCUCCAAUCUGAUCUAUGACACAGCAUCCCGAAUUCGUCGCAAUGCCAAGGGAAACCAUUGCAAGAAACAAUCUCUGUACGUAGAGUUCAAAGAUAUUGGAUGGGACAGUUGGAUUCUGGCACCCACCGGUUACGAUGCCUUUGAGUGCACUGGCAUAUGUUCCUUUCCUCUGACCAAGCACGUCACACCCACCAAGCAUGCCAUUGUCCAGACAUUGGUGAACAUCAACAGUCCUCAGAAGGCAGCACGAGCUUGUUGCGUGCCCACCAAGCUGGACCCCAUCUCCCUGUUGUAUCUGGAUGACACAGGCGUGGUCACCUACAAGUACAAGUUUGAAGGCAUGGUGGUGGCUGAGUGUGGCUGCAGAUAG